AUGAAUGAUUUUAAUGUUUCUGAUUUCGAAAAUGCUGAUACAGAUAGCGAUGAAGAUUUUACUCUUCAGUACAAUAGUUCUGAAAAAGAAGCAGAAUCAAACGACAAAUUGCGCAAAAUUCGUCCUCUUUUUGAAACAAUAAUUGAAAAAUUUAAGGAAGCUUAUAGACCCGGAGAAAAGGUAAGUAUUGAUGAGUCAUUGUUGAAGUUUAAAGGUCGACUAUCCUUUAAACAAUGCAUUUUGAGUAAACGAUCUCGUUUUGGAAUCAAAAUUUACAAAUGUUGCGAUUCGGAUAACGGCUACAUAUAUAAUGCCUCGAUUUAUUUAGGCAAAAAUCCUAACGAAAAAAAUAAAUUGAUUGGAGUUUCCGGCAUGGUAGUGGUAAAUUUAUUUGAUGAUUUGAGUGGUCAAGGCCGAACCUUAUUUGUAGAUAAUUGGUACAGUUCCCCAUCACUGUUUGUGUACCUUAAUGGGAAAAAGAAUAAUGUUGUUGGUACUGUUCGCACAAAUCGAAAACACAUGCCAGAUACGAAGGGUUUAAAGUUGAAUAAGCUUCCACGCAAUUCCACUAUAACUUUUCAUUCGGACACUCUAUUGGUAGUUUUCUGGAAAGAUAAGAAAGUGGUUUCAAUGUUAAGUACGAUUCCUGGAAUAAACUUCAUUGAGACAGCAAAAAUUGACUACAAAACGGGUUUAACAAUUAAGAAACCAGAGGUUGUCGUAACCUACAACAAAAACAUGGGAGGAGUUGAUAGGUGCGACCAGAUAAUAAAGCCCUACGAAAUCCAAAGAAAACACUACCGCUGGUACCAGAGAGUUGCUGACAAUUUGUUGGAUAUGGCAAUUUAUAAUUCGAAUAUUAUAUACAAUAUUUUACAUGAGGUAAAAAUGAGCCAUUGUGAAUUCAGAAUGCAACUUGUCAGAGAACUGCUGCAAAAAUAUGGAAGCGAUUCAAAUGUAAAUUAUGGUGAUGAUGAUGAUGGUGAGGAAAGCAAAAAUGAUUCAAGUGUUGCAAAUACUCACAAGCUGAUUAAAAUCCCCACGGAAAAUGAGCGUAAACGCAAACGUUUGAGAUGCCAAAAGUGCUCAGAUAAAAAAAAUCGAACAGAUACUACUUGGAUUUGCAAUUUAUGUAAAAUUCCACUUUGUAAAAAUUGUUUCGAUAGCUGUUAA